AUGAAUGGAUACAACUGGCAAAAUGGAAAUCUCCACAGCAGUAAUAAUGACUCGCCCACUCCGUUGAACUUUCGUAGCAUACAGCAUCUUUAUCCUGAUCAAUUUAAAAAUAAUUCUGCGGAUCAAUUGAAUCCACGCAUUUACACCCCCAUGGAAGUACAUAGUGAUAACAAUAGCUAUGAUAACAUAGCCCUGUUGAAAGACUCAGAGGGAAGUAUUCCCUUAUCGUUAACUGCACAAGAAUUAACAUUACAAGAAUCCAAAACAUAUAUGAGGUGGUAUAGUGAUAUACUAGCCAGAACGAAUUCACGAACAAUCUCCAUUCAUGACGUUUAUAAUUUUUUGAACAAUUUCAAGAUUCCAGAAAAUAGCAAGGAAUCAAUCAACAAGAUAUUUUUCAAGAUAUUGCAUUCUAUCAACAUUGGGGAGUUUUUUGCAUUAUUAAGAUUAAUCAGUCAUACUUUGCAGGGAGAAAUUCCACUGAGGUCCUUAAUUAAAAUUAAAGCACCAGUUCCUACACCGCCGUCGAUCUUAUCAAAAAAGAGACAACAAGAUGAAGAGGAAGAAGACCAAAAACAAGAGUCUCAGCAACCAUUGGAUAUUGAUGGAUUCACACAGUUUUUGUUGACAGGUGAAAGACCUUCAAGUAACAAACGAUCGAAAAAAUUAAAGUCAGUAAAGUUUUCCGACGAAGUAGAUGUUCAUGAUGCUUCAUUAAUAAGUCCGGCUGCAUCACCUCUACUAUCUGAUCAACAGCAGCAGCAGCAGCAACAGCAACAGCAACAACAACAAUUAGAUUACCUGUUACCUAUGGAUAAAUUACUAGAACAGAUGAACAAGCCUGAUGAGGAGGAGAAAGAGGUGCUCAAAGACAUGGAGUCGCAAAUGAACCAUUUUCAAAACUUGAAUGCUGUUGAUACAAUGAGUGUUGGUGGCACACCGUACUUACAACCCAAUAUGACUGGGCCUGCCCAAAUGGCAAGAAUGUUUAGUCCUUCGCCAGAACCGUUAAGACCGAACGUUACGGGUCCUGCGGAUAUGGCUAGAAUGUUUGCUCCAUCAAAUAAUUCUCAGAGUACUAAUCCUAAUAACAAUAAUAAUAGUAGUUAUAAUGAUUUCGUCACUAAUGAUAGUCCUUAUAAUAAUAGUCUUGAAAAUAAUCCUGCGGCACCAAAAGUUUCACUAUCCGCUUUCACAAGUCAGAUGACAGGGCAAACCAUGGAAAAUACCAUUCAAAAUAGCGGGUCUUCUCUGUUGGCACCAAUCCCGCCACCGUCAAGACAUAGAUCGGCGUCAUCGCCUUUACCAAAUAAGCCUGUUCCUCCUCCACCACCACCAAGAAGAAGGGUUCCUGUUCCACCAGUACCACCUAGUCGAGCCCCAUCUCUGAAUCCAAAAGGUGCGUUUUCAAAUUCUCAGACAUCAGCACCACCGCUACCGCCGAAGAUUGCCGUUAAUGACAAUAUAUAUUCAUCAAAUAACGAUUCCACAGCAAAUAUUUUGGAUGACUUGAAAGCAUUACAAGAGGAAGUAGAUAAAAUACGAGAUUUAACAGGAGGGUUUUAA